AUGCCUGACUUCAAGAUCUCCGCUUCUUUGGAAGGCCACGGCGAUGAUGUUCGCGCCGUAGCCUUCCCCAACCCCAAUGCGGUGCUUUCGGCUUCGCGAGAUGCCAGUGUUCGGGUCUGGAAGCUUACCUCUACCCCGCCGCCAACUUACGACUACACCAUCUCCACUCACGGCACAGCAUUCAUCAACGCUUUGGCAUAUUAUCCCCCAACAUCCGAGUUUCCUGAAGGUCUUGUAAUCUCUGGCGGGCAGGAUACCAUCAUUGAUGCAAGACAACCUGGGAAGGCGGCAGAUGACAAUGCGGACGCGAUGCUCCUGGGUCACAUGGGCAACGUCUGUGCAUUAGACGUGUGCCCUGAGGGAGGAUGGAUUGUAAGUGGCAGCUGGGAUUCUACAGCUAGAUUGUGGAGGGUUGGUAAAUGGGAAUGCGACGUUGUGCUAGAGAACCACCAAGGAAGUGUUUGGACGGUGCUGGCCUAUGAUAAGGACACAAUCAUCACAGGUUGCGCUGACAAAAUAAUCCGGAUAUUCAACACCUCUGGCGCCCUCUUGGGAAGUAUCAAAGACUCCCGAGAUGUCGUAAGGGCUCUCUGCAAGCUUCCUGCCACACAUCCGAGCGGCGCCCAUUUUGCUUCGGCAGGAAACGAUGGCGUAAUUAGGCUUUACACUAUACAAGGACAGCUAGUUGCUGAACUUCUCGGCCACGAGAGCUUCAUUUAUUCGCUGGACGUCUUACCUUCCGGUGAGUUGGUAAGUGCCGGAGAAGAUCGAACAGUCAGGGUGUGGAACGGAACACAAUGUGUGCAAACAAUUACUCACCCUGCGAUUUCCGUAUGGGGCGUUGCGGCAUGCAAGGAAAAUGGCGAUAUUGUAACUGGUGCAAGUGACCGCAUCACUCGGGUCUUUACCAGAGACCAAGAGCGCCACGCCGUUCCGGAGGUGGUUCAACAGUUCGAGAAAACCGUGAAAGAGUCUGCGAUCCCAGAACAACAAGUCGGAAAGAUCAACAAGGAGCAGCUUCCUGGUCCCGAAUUCCUCCAGCAGAGAUCCGGUACGAAAGAGGGUCAGGUGCAGAUGAUUCGAGAGACCGAUGGAAGCGUGACUGCUCACACAUGGUCUGGGGCAACUCGGGAGUGGAUCGCAGUAGGAACAGUGGUUGAUGCAGCCUCCAGCAGUGGGAAAAAGACCGAAUAUCUUGGUCAAGACUACGACUAUGUCUUCGACGUCGAUGUUGAAGACGGAAAGCCUCCUCUCAAACUGCCUUUUAACGUCUCACAGAAUCCGUACGACGCUGCGACUAAAUUCAUCCAAGACAACGAACUACCCAUCAGCUACCUCGAUCAAGUCGCAAACUUUAUUGUCCAGAAUACGCAAGGCACAACUCUCGGUCAAUCCCAGGAGCCAGUACCAGCAGGCGCUGACCCCUGGGGAACAGAAAGACGGUACCGCCCGGGAGAUGGCGCUUCUCCCCCACCACCCCCUGCCCCCGAAUCUAGACCCGCAGUCCUCCCCCAGAAGUCAUAUCUGUCCAUCAAAUCCGCCAAUCUCAAAGUCGUUUCCAAGAAGUUGCAGGAGCUGAAUGAGCAACUAGUAUCCUCUGGAUCGAAAGAUGUGUCUCUAAGUCCUUCCGAAAUAGCGACGGUGGUUUCUUUGUGCAAUGAAUUAGAGUCAUCCGGACGCCUUAAAGAUUCCCCAGCCGUGAGAUCUGGUGUGGCUAUGUUAUUCAAGGUUGCAACAGCAUGGCCCACCACAAACCGGCUGCCUGGUUUGGAUCUGCUUCGGGUGCUUGCUGCUGCAACCCCUGUGAUCGCUACCGCAGACUACAGCGGUCAGGAUCUUGUUACUGGUGUCCAGUCUAGUGGUGUCUUCGAACACCCUCUUAACGUGAACAACGCAAUGUUGUCGGUCCGGAUGCUAGCCAACCUAUUCGAAACUGAUGCCGGUCGUCAUCUCGCCGUAAGUCGGUUCGAUCAGAUCUUGGCAGCGGUCAAGUCAGCUCUGGCAGGAAGUGGAGGAGCCCCGAACCGCAAUCUCACAAUUGCUGUCGCGACGCUCUACAUCAACUACGCGGUCUACUUCACUACCGAAGGAAGAGAAAAGGCACCUGAGUCUUCGGAGCGGGGACUUGUGCUCGUCGAGGAAUUGAGCAAGAUGGUCACCGCCGAGAAGGAUUCAGAGGCCGUCUACCGCUGCCUCGUUGCGUUGGGCACUUUGAUCAAGGCUUUGGGCGAGGAGGUCAAGGCUGCUGCGAAAGAAGUAUACGACGUCGGAGGCAUUCUCACCAAUAUUUCGGGGUCGGGUCUUGGAAAGGAACCGAGGACCAAGGGUGUGAUUGGCGAAAUCAGAGAAUCGAUGGCAUAA